ACACGGAAGCGGAGCAGGAAAGCAUGUUUUUGACACAGACAUAGAGCUCUAGAUUUGGACCGUUUUUUGGCUUCUAACACCAGUCCUAUAAUAAUGUCCUUCACACGACUCUCUCUGUCCUGUCUGUGAAUGUGACAGACAUGUUUCUGGUGCGACAGUUAAGGCACAAAGCGUUUGUUGUGCCCUGUAUGCGUCUUGCGUUGCCCUUGCCCAGCGCAGCUUAUGGAAGCAGCAGCAACAGCAGAUCUGGCGGUGACAGUGAUCAGGAUGGCCAAACGGGACACCAGGUGCCUAUUCCAGUGGAUCGUCUGAAAAUCAGCUACAGUCGUAGCAGUGGCCCAGGAGGACAACACGUCAACAAAGUGAAUUCCAAGGCGGAGGUGCGUUUCCAUGUGGCAACAGCAGACUGGAUCCCGGAGGAGGUGCGCUGGGAACUACUGAAGAAGUGUGCGGGGCGUGUGAAUAAGUCUGGGGAGCUGGUGGUGGUGAGUGAGGUGAGCAGGAGUCAGCAUCGUAACCUGGCGGAGUGUCUGACCAAGAUCCAACAGCUGAUAGAGGAGGCCAGCUACACACCCCCUCCCCCCUCAGAAGAGGACAUAGCACUCAGGAGGCAGAGGUUGGAGAAGAGUAAUAGAGAGCGUCUGAGACAGAAGAAGCUGGCGUCAGGACUGAAGCAAUCUCGACGCGGUGACUUGGACUGAUGUGGGAGGAGCCUACUACAUGCAGUGGCGACUUGGACUGAUGUGGCAGUAGCCUACUCCAAUCUCGACGUGGUGACUUGGACUGAUGUGGCAGUAGCCUACUCCAAUCUCGACGUGGUGACUUGGACUGAUGUGGGAGGAGCCUACUCCAAUCUCGACGCGGUGACUUGGACUGAUGAGACAGUAGCCUACUCCAUGCAGUGUGUGCUUGAUGUGACCUGUGGAAAUACAAACUUGAGUGUGUGUUUCAACUUUGUAGUUGGCACUGUGUAGGAUUGUGGCCGGAGUAGAUAUUGCAACUAUGCUGCUCAUUGAAACCCUGACUAAAUAUAUUACACAGUGCCCUUUAAGUCGUGUCAAUAUGUUUUUUUUGCAUUUGAAAUGUAUUAUUUAUUUCUG